CCCCCGGCGGAAUCGGAGGCGGCCAGGCUCCUCCUCCCCCCUGAAAUCCCUGCACCCACACCACCACUCGUUUUCCUCUCCAGGAGAGGAGGGGAAGAGAGGGGACAGGCGCCAGCCCGAUCUGCUCCGACCCGGCGUGCCGUCCUCCUCGGUCUCAGCAAAAUGGGUGCCGGCGGCAGGAUGACGGAGAAGGAGCGGGAGAAGCAGGAGCAGCUCGGCCGUGCCGGCGGCGGCGCGGCAAUGCAGCGCUCGCCGGUGGACAAGCCGCCGUUCACGCUGGGUCAGAUCAAGAAGGCCAUCCCGCCGCACUGCUUCGAGCGCUCCAUCAUCAAGUCCUUCUCCUACGUGGUCCACGACCUGGUCAUCGUCGCGGCGCUUCUGUACUUCGCGCUGGUCAUCGUCCCGGCCCUCCCGAGCCCGCUCCACCUCGCCGCCUGGCCGCUCUACUGGAUCGCGCAGGGCUGCGUGUGCACCGGCGUGUGGGUCAUCGCGCACGAGUGCGGCCACCACGCCUUCUCGGACUACUCGCUCCUGGACGACGUCGUCGGCCUGGUGCUGCACUCGUCGCUGAUGGUGCCGUACUUCUCGUGGAAGUACAGCCACCGGCGCCACCACUCCAACACCGGCUCCCUGGAGCGUGACGAGGUGUUCGUCCCCAAGAAGAAGGAAGCGCUGCCGUGGUACACCCCGUACGUGUACAACAACCCCGUCGGCCGGCUUCUGCACAUCGUCGUGCAGCUCACCCUGGGGUGGCCGCUGUACCUGACCACCAACGCGUCGGGGCGCCCGUACCCGCGCUUCGCCUGCCACUACGACCCCUACGGUCCGAUCUACAACGACCGGGAGCGCGCCCAGAUCUUCAUCUCCGACGCCGGCGUCAUGGCCGUGUCGUUCGGGCUGUACAAGCUGGCGGCGACGUUCGGGUUCUGGUGGGUGGUGCGCGUCUACGCCGUGCCGCUGCUGAUCGUGAACGCGUGGCUGGUGCUCAUCACCUACCUGCAGCACACCCACCCAGCGCUCCCCCACUACGACUCGAGCGAGUGGGACUGGCUGCGCGGGGCGCUGGCCACCAUGGACCGCGACUACGGCAUCCUCAACCGCGUGUUUCACAACAUCACGGACACGCACGUCGCGCACCACCUCUUCUCCACCAUGCCGCACUACCACGCCAUGGAGGCGACCAAGGCGAUCAAGCCCAUCCUUGGCGAGUACUACCAGUUCGACCCCACGCCCGUCGCCAAGGCGACCUGGCGCGAGGCCAGGGAGUGCAUCUACGUCGAGCCCGAGGACCGCAAGGGCGUCUUCUGGUAUAACAACAAGUUCUAGCUGCUGCUUGCAGAGCCAAGAUGAUCGCCCGUGCUUGCCGCAGGAAUGGGAGGAGAAAGUCAGGAAGAGAAGAUGGUAAUCGCCCUACCAAGUCCCCAUCCACCUAUCUAUGGUUAGUCAUCAGUCUUUAGGCAGGAAAGAGAGCAUUUGGGCACAGUUGAGACGGCCUACUGCAGUGCCAUUGCUACAGGUGCCCAUCAACUACAAGUAGGCGGAUUUGUCAGUGUAGUGUGUGUGUGUGUCCAUGGACCAUGGCGGCGAGCUUUGGGCAGUUCGUUCCGAGUUGUGUUUUCUUCUCCGUGUUUUAGUCGUCGCUGCCGGUGUAGGCUGGCCGGCGGCGUCCGCUGUGGUUGGCCGUGCCUGGCCGCGCGUGUCGUGUGCGUCUGUCAUCGCGUCGGCGUCUUUCCCGUCCCCCCCUUGCGUGUUGUUGUAAAACCGUAUCCCCUGGUGCUUUUGGCGGAAAUAACAGAUCGUCGAACGGCAACUUUUUGGGUU